AAAGACACUGAAAAUUCGGACUAAAGAUAGAAAGAUAAGAAUUGUAGUAAUAUCAUGUGAAGCUGGUUUCAGCAAUAAUGUUAAUGCACAUCGUACACAAUGACUUCGUUUUUGUUUGUUGUUAAGAUUCCAGUUCACGAGGAUGAACGACCGUCAAAGUCGGUGUCUGAAGAAAAGUCGGACGAUGACAGCAGCGAGAAGGAGACUAAGGAGGAAGAUGAUAAAUCAAACGAUAAAUUAGAUGUGGCAGACGAUGAAGAACACGCGGAUCUUGACAGUGCUGACUUGACUAAGACAGAAAAAGUCAAGGAAGAUGAGUUAAAGGAGGACAAACCGAAAGUAGAGGAAACGCAGGAGGAUGAUGAUUGGGAUUUUGGGGAGGAAGACACAAAUAAGGACUUAGGCGAUACAGCAGGAGCACAGGGUAAAACCAGUGACAAUGAGGAUGUGAAACAAAAACAAGAAAAAGACGAGAUAUUGUGUGAAAAUGAAGGCGGCAAGGCUGAGAAUACUAAUAAGGCGGCUCCAGGGCAAUCUUCUGAAGAGAAUGAGACCCUAGACCAGAAUAAAACAGCGGCAGAAGAGAACACAACACAGAAUGUUUCCUAUGCAGAUGUUGUAAAAGCUGCCAUCAGCUGUGAGAAUAACAAUGAGGAAAAAGAUUCAGAACAGAUACCUGAAAACCCUGAACAGCAAUGUGAGGCAACAGUACAGAAUAACACAGACAUUUCAGCUGCAGAGGCAGUGGGAUCUAAUGAUAGUAAAACAGAAAAUAACAACAGUGAGAAGGAGAAAGAACUCCUGGGAGAAAACUCUGUAGAACCACAUGAGAAUGGAGAUAUUAACAAGGUGGAAGGAGGGAAGGAUGGAGAACAAAGCACAGCACCGCCAAAAAAGAAAUUUCAAGUGGAGAAAGCGGCAGAGGACAGUCUCCAACUGGAUGAAGCUUUAAGUAGACAGAAUCAGAUUGAGGACACCGUUAAACACUUAGAGAAGUCGGAAUCCGUCCCGCCCCUCAGGCUCCACGAGAAACUCCCCGUCCCAGCAUCCCUGUCUGACGACAGACUCUCGGAGGUGGAAAACGUUAACUUUCAGACUGUCAGCUUUAUAGAUGAGGAACCACUGGUAGAGACAGUGAAGGCCAUUGUAGAAUCCUUCUCUAUUGAUAACUUCUCUGUUCAAAAGACAGAAAAUGGAGAAUUCUAUCAGGUAAUUUUUCUGGAUGAAGGAGGUGAACGUUGUGAAUCGAUCUUGAAUCAGCUUGCAAAACAGAAGAUAGGUGACAGGCCAGGGACAUCUGUAAGUAUUUUCCCGUCCAGUAUCUACCGUGGUAACAUCCCCAAUGACACAGAGGAGGAGUCAGAGGAUGAAGGGAGUGAGUCAAGGAGUGAGUCAAGAGAAGAAACUGAAGACAGAGAUGAGGAGACACCAUUCAAGAAAUCAAUCAAAGCCAGAAUGCUGGUCACUCAGGUAUUCAACACUGUCAGAGACAAUGCUCAGUUUACGUUCGAUUACUUGGUUCUGUGUGUUACUGCUAGUUUGCUGGCCUGCCUGGGAUUGGUGGAGAACAGUUCUGUAAUCUUGGUCGCCAGUAUGCUUGUUUCACCACUCAUGGGUCCUAUCCUUGGAGGUACAUUUGGCACAGUUAUGCAGAACAAGUCACUGAGAGAACUGGGGAUAAAGAAUGAACUAAUAGGACUUCUUAUAUGUCUCAUUAGUGGCCUUUUAUUUGGAAUCAUCAGUGGGGUGGUCAACAUGGAGGGAUCUAAGUGGGGCAGUACAGACAGCUGGCCCACCAACGAAAUGAAAUCUAGAGGUGUGUUAAGAAGUCUGUGGGUUGGUGUCUGUAUUGCUAUACCCUCUGGAGCGGGCGUGGCCUUGUCUGUACUGGGAGGGAACGCUGGAU